GCAACUCCUCUGCCAGGCACUGAUCUGAUCGCAUGACCUGCCCCAACAACCGCUAGGUUACACUAUUUCCGUCAUUGUCAACAAUAAGCCAACUCGUGCGUCGGUCGUGUUUUUCUUCUGCAAAUCUACUGCCUCUGCUCCUCGGAUCCGGAAGCCGGCGGUUCGUUUUCAUAUUCAUAUCCAGAUCAUAUCGUCUUAUCCUGUUGACUCGGUGCACCCACUGCCUCGACAUUGCUGCAGCCAAAGCCGACGACGUCAUGGCGCCACCUGCCGAGAUAUCCAUCCCCUCGACAUCACUGCACACACCCACCGACAACUCCAGCCCCUACACUCUGUACAACAUCACAUUACGACUGCCCUUGCGUACGUUCGUAGUACAGAAGCGCUACUCGGACUUCGCAACCCUCCAACAGAACCUGCAGUCGCUAGUCGGCGCCGCCCCGCCUGCGCCCCUUCCGGCAAAGUCAUGGUUCAAGUCCACCGUCAAAUCACCCCAACUCACCGAAGACCGCCGAAGGGGCCUCGAAUCCUACCUCCGCGCCAUUGCCGAGUCGCCUGACCGACGGUGGAGAGAGACAGCCGCCUGGAGGCAGUUUCUGCAGUUGCCCGGCAUAAACAGCGCCGGGAACAGCGCCGCUUCUGUGAGAGCUGGGGCAGGUUUUGGCAUACCCAACAGGGAUGCCGCCAACGCUGCCGCCGCCCAGGAUCCCGGCACGUGGCUCGACCUACACAAAGAGAUGAAGGGCGAGCUGCAAGAAGCUCGCCGGUGUCUUGCGAGACGGGAUGGCGCCGCCGAUAAUUCGACCGCUCUCGAGGCUGGCGCCGCCGCUAAAAGAGCCCUUGUCAAGGCUGGGGGCCUGCUGAUUGCCCUGCUGGAUGGUCUCAGGGCUAUACAGGACAGCAAGAGGCUAGGAGACGGCGAAAUCAGGCGCCGGAAGGAUCUACUUGCAGCUGCUAAGGUCGAUCGCGAGGAUCUAGACAAGCUUAGCAACUCUAUCGCUGCUUCCGCCAAAGCAGGGACCGGUAGCGGCAUGCCAUCUGCGAGCGACAAGGCAGCACUGCUGGGCCACGCACCGAGGACCGGCGGUAGAGUGCUUGGAGCGCCGUUGCCCGAGACCGAACGGACAAGAGAACUGGACAACCAAGGUGUUGCACAGCUACAACGACAAAUGAUGAGCGAGCAAGACGAGGAUGUCGAUAGUCUUGCCAAGAUUGUCCGGAGGCAAAAGGAGAUGGCUUUCGAAAUCAACCGCGAGAUUGAAGAGCAGAACGAGCUUCUGGAUGAAAUGAGCUCCAACGUCGACCGCAUACAGACCAAGACUGAUAUCGCAAAGAAGCGUGUCAAGAAGAUCAGCUGACCGCACUUCAUUGCGGCGCUCAUCUUCAGGGCCAUCAUCAUACUGGCAGAAGUCAUGGUCUGGGCGCUUGAGCUGGGCGCCGCGGCCCUGGGGUGGUCUGCCUGGUGCAUCCAAGUUAUCCUAAUGCUUGUGCAUCAGGUCAGAUAUCACUGAUUUGGACGAGCUGAGUAACUUUUUUCACGUUACUGAUCAUUGCAAGCGCUGUUGUUUUCUUGGGGCAAGAUUGUAAACUAGGGCGCAUGAAUAUUUGGCACAUGAUACCAUUAGAUGGGUGGGGAUUAGGCGCAGCAAGCUAUAUAUACUAUUUAAUCAUGACA